GACAGCAAUUAAACAGACGAAGAAGACAUCAUGCGCUGUUAGCUGGUUGAGCUAUAGUUGUGGUAGACAUCGACAGAUACCAGGCUUGUUCUCGGAAAAUCGCAUAUUUUAAGAAGCGCUAAUGGUUUGGGGGUAGAUUCUUGCAUUUUUCUCCGCACUGAGUGGUGCAGCAUCAUCAUCGUGGUGCUCCCAUGCCAUCUCAUGUCACUUUUGCUAACCACAAAGAGGAAGCAAUGAACUUCCAGGGCAGUCGGAGGCGAGGAGAGGAUGGCAUCGCCAUGGUGAUUGACUUCCUGCUGUCUAACGCCCGACUGGUUCUGGGAGUUGGAGGAGCAGCUAUGUUGGGCAUAGCUACACUGGCAGUGAAACGGCUAAUAGAGCGCGCAGGCCGUGCAGCAGAUGAUGAAAAGGUGGAGCAGAAGAUGGCUGAGAGCUGGGAGGAGUUGAGUUUGGUCUCCGCUUCCCCAACAAUGAUCAGGAAGGGCAUAGAGGGCAUGGUGAUGAAGCACGUUGCCAAGGCGACCAAACAGCAGAAAGCUGAUCUCUGCCAACAACUUCAGAUGUCCUCUCUGGAGGAGCAGCCUAAACCCGAGUCAAAGUCCAAGAGGCUCCAGCUGUCCGUCCUCAGCUUGCAGAGUGUUGAAAACCGUCCGGUUUUAAACUGUAUUCAGGAACGUCUGCAGCAGUACUAUCACACAAGGGCAGCACUUUCUCCACACGAGGUCCGGACGGCUCAGUCUCUGGCUCUGGACAUCUGCACUGAGAUCCAGGGCUUUCUGCACGGCCGCCACCCAGACAUGCCGCUGGGAGAAAUGAGCCUCGGAGGUUCUCUACUGGACGACUUACAGGUUGUCACUGCAGACCAUGCAUGUCUGCUCGUGCCUCUGCAGCUGGAAGCUUCUCUGUGGCGUCUCAUACCAGGAGAGGAGACGCUGCUCACACACCCUCUGCACUGGAUGGUCCAACGGGUCAAUCUGGAGUAUUUCCCCAGAGGCCGCAGCUACUGGGACAGGUACUUGGUGGGUGGUUAUCUGUCUGCAGAAGCUGUUGUGAACAUGUUCAGUAAGUCCAUCAUGGAGACUGUGAACUGGCCGUCAAUCAGCAGCACUCUGGACUGUAUCGUCAGACCUGUUCUGGGAGGACCCAACCUAAGACUGGAGAUCAAGCAUGGAAGUGAAAAUAUUGGAGCAGAGAGCAGCGACCAGUCCCUGUUUAUCUCCAUGCUGCCUCUACUGAGGGAAGGUGAUGUGGUCCUGACCGCCCAACCCGAGCUCACCUCCCCCUGGUUCAACGCCUGGCACCUCUCCCUCUACCCGUGGGAGACUCAGCGUCUGGCUCAGCUCGACUCAGCUGACGAUGGCUGCCGCAGACACACACUUCAAAUCCUUAAAGCCGUGUGCAGACUGAACCCGGCCCUGCGACCUCUGGAAGCUGCCCCGCUGGCCAAUCUCAUCCUGCACCUCAGUGACAGCGAGGGCAACUGGUCUGAGAGCAGCCUGCAUAUCAGAUUCCAGCAGUGCGUCACAGAGCUGAUUGGCUACCUCGAGCAAGGGGCAUUGCAUAGUUACUUCAAACCAGCUGUCAAUCUGCUGAGCGGCUUGUCAGAGGACCAGGUGGACCAGAUGGGCUUCAUGCUUUACUGCGCUGUGUCGGAGCCUGAGAUACUGCUCAUUUAACUCUCUGCACACCAGCACCACUUCACACUUCUCCAGCUGUGACAUGCACAGGACACUGGCAUAAUAUUUUUCAUGAUGUUUGGUUUAAGGCUCCUUGUUUGGCUCGUCUGUCCUACUCUCUAAUGCAAGGGAAAAAAGGGUUCAAAGUGAGACGGAGGCUGCAGAUUUGUGAGCGUUGAUCAAGUCAAACAAGAAGUGCCAAAAAGAAGAGCUGAGGAAGUGUUUAUCAAAAUGAUGAAAACGUAGCUUUGGGAUGUGCUGUGCUGCCAAGUCUGCGUUCAGUGAUGGUCAACAUGCCACAUACAGAGGAGUAAAUCAGUUAAGAGCUGAACAGAAGUGCAGCGUUUGACUUCAGUGCUUAUGUUCUUUCCAUCCUCUGAUAAUAUGCACUCUGCAUCAUCUUCCUGAAUCUCAAGUAAAUGUUCUAACUAUGCAGAAUAAUAAUGACCACCAGGUGUUGCUGCACUGAUUAAACUAUUCAGGCUGUGCGAGUGAAGCUUAUCAAACUCAACAUGUAUAUUGUAUUGGAAGUGGUGAGCAUUUUUGUUGGUCCUAUUUAGCGUUCGAUCUGUUGCCAAUCUUAUUUGGGUGAAUUUGCACUUUAAAGCAAGCGGAAGCUUUCCCGAUAAUUUUAUGCAGUUGCUUUUAAAUCUGCUAUGAAUAUUGUGGACAUUUAUCAGUUGUGUAUUUGAUGGGUGUAAGAGAAAGGUGUAUUUCUGUGACUGAGCAAAAUAAAGAUUAGAUUCUCA